CGGUGUUAUUAUUAUUAAUUAUUUUGUUUGUGUCACUAAGGUAUUUGCGUGGAUGGUCAAUAGUUCAUCGCCGAGUUCUCAUUAUUCAGAAAAUCAAUAACUGCGGCUGUCAGUGUGACGUUUCUUCCGUUCGCGUGUCGGCAAGUGGAAUUAAGAUCCUUGGGUUAUUAAAUAAAAUCUUCAUUAUAGACAGCAGAAUAAUACCCACCGCUUCACCAUGAAAAUAGCGUGCAACAAAGUUAACCCACCGUUAGGGGGUUUGCUGACGGUGGAAUUCUACAGGGCCGCGGCAGGGAAUAUAGAUGUAGUAUGGGGCAACGACUCUUCAGUUACACUGCCUAAUUCCAAGAAGCCAGUGCCAUAUGGGACGAGCAAUGAUUUGAUUAGAAUUCUCGAGAACAACUUCAAUAAAUCCGCUGAACCGCUGCAGAAAGUGACGAUGAAUCAUUGGCUGUCGUUCAGCCUGAUAUUGGAUGAUGAGAUCCCGAAAUCCAUUGAGUAUCUGGAUAAAACACUGAGUACUUUAACUUAUUUGGUUGGAGAAUCAUUGUCUGUGUCCGAUUUGGCGGUUUUCAGCGCACUUUAUGUGUCCACAAAAUUCAAGGAGGUAUCAAAAUCUAGCCCAUCUAAAAACAUCCAGAGAUGGAUGAAAUUGAUUGAGGCGCAAGCAUCUGUUGGUAAAGUACUGAAAGAACUUCCCAAUGAUGUGUUGGAGAACCUCAAUAAAUCUGGCUCAAGAAGGUCUCCGGUAAACAAUAAUGAAUCUAGCCAGGGGCGCCAGCAAGAGGGCAAGUUCAUUGAACUCCCACAUGCAGAGAUGGGCAAAGUUGUUGUGCGAUUCCCGCCUGAAGCGUCAGGUUACCUCCACAUUGGUCAUGCUAAGGCAGCUCUCCUCAACCAGUACUAUCAGCAAGCCUUUCAAGGCAAGCUGGUCAUGAGAUUUGAUGACACUAAUCCUGCUAAAGAGAAUGCUGAGUUUGAAAAGGUGAUCUUGGAAGAUGUGGAGAUGUUAGAGAUCAAGCCAGAUAUGUUCACACAUACAUCCCAAUACUUCGAUCUGAUGAUGGAGUACUGUGAGAAGCUCAUUAAGGAAGGCAAGGCGUUUGUCGACGACACCCCCGCUGAACAAAUGAAGAAUGAGAGGGAACAGAAGAUCGAGAGCAAGAAUAGGAAUAACUCUGUGGAAGUAAACUUGAAGCUGUGGGAGGAGAUGAAGAAGGGCAGCGAACAGGGGGUCACGUGCUGCGUCCGCGCCAAAAUCGACAUGAAGUCCGCCAACGGCUGCAUGCGCGACCCCACCAUCUACCGCUGCAAGCCGGAGACGCAUCCGCGCACCGGCAACCAAUACAAGGUGUAUCCAACAUACGACUUCGCAUGCCCGAUUGUGGAUUCCGUGGAGGGGGUGACACACGUCCUGCGAACAAUGGAGUACCACGACAGGGAUCCGCAGUUCUACUGGUUCAUUGACGCCAUUGGACUGAGGAAACCUUACAUAUGGGAGUACAGCAGGCUAAGCAUGACAAACACAGUGUUGUCGAAGAGAAAAUUGACAUGGUUCGUCGAGCAGGGAUUGGUUGAUGGCUGGGACGACCCGCGCAUGCCGACGGUGCGCGGCGUGCUGCGGCGCGGCAUGACGGUGGAGGCGCUGCGGCAGUUCAUACAGGCGCAGGGCUCCAGCCGCUCCGUCGUCUUCAUGGAGUGGGACAAGAUCUGGGCCAUUAACAAGAAGGUCAUAGAUCCAAUCGCGCCACGCUACACCGCUCUAGAGGAGAAACCGGUUCCCGUAAACUUGAAGGGUGUGACAGCAGACAGCAGCAUGCCGGUGGCCCUCCACCCAAAGAACCCUGACGUGGGUUCCAAGACCGUGUGGGUGUCGCAACGGCUGCUGAUCGAUCAGGUGGAUGCGAAGGCCUUGAAGGAGGGAGAAAAUGCUACCUUCAUCAAUUAUGGAAAUAUCAUGAUUGCUAAGAUUCAUAAAACACCUGACGGUACAGUGACAAGUGUCGAUGCUACACCCAACCUUGACAACAAGGACUAUAAAAAGACGUUAAAGCUCACGUGGCUGGCGGACAGCCCACAGUCCCCUAUGGUGGAGGUGUACUGCGUGUACUUCGACCACAUCAUAUCCAAACCCGUGCUGGGGAAAGACGAGGACUUCAAGCAGUAUAUCGGACAUCAGACUAGGUGGGAGAUCCCGAUGCUGGGCGAGCCGGCGCUGAAUGCAGUGCGGACGGGCGACAUCGUGCAGCUGCAGCGGCGCGGGUUCUUCCGCGUGGAGAGCGCGCCCGCGCCGCCCUCGCCGCACUCUGCGCGCGCGCGCCCGCUCGUGCUGUUCCACGUGCCCGACGGACACACCAAGGAGAUGCCCGGACAGGUCAGUUCUUAUUUUAUCCACCAUAAGGCAAGCUUAAACUAGCGAGUUCUACCCGCG